GAGGGCUACGCAUGCGCAGAGGGGCGAGCCCGCUGACAGAUUCUGGGAGGCAGCGCAGCGGUGGUGGGCCUGGGCUGCGGGGAAUGGGAGUCUUAGGGCCUUGACUGAGCACCGCCCCCGCCUCCCUGCCCCCGACAUGGCUCAGGAGAAGAUGGAGCUAGAUCUGGAGCUGCCUCCGGGUUCGGGCGGGAGCCCAGCGGAGAGCGGCAGCAGUGGCGGCGGCGGGGGCCUCAGGAGGUCUAACAGCGCCCCCCUGAUCCACGGCCUCAGUGACACUUCGCCGGUGUUCCAGGCCGAGGCGCCGAGCGCAAGGAGGAACAGCACGACGUUCCCGAGCCGCCACGGCCUGCUGCUACCGGCCUCCCCGGUCCGCAUGCACAGCAGCCGCUUGCACCAGAUCAAACAGGAGGAGGGCAUGGACUUGAUCAACCGAGAGACGGUCCACGAGCGCGAGGUGCAGACCGCAAUGCAGAUAAGCCACUCCUGGGAGGAAAGUUUCAGUCUGAGUGACAACGAUGUGGAGAAAUCCGCCUCCCCAAAGCGCAUCGAUUUCAUUCCAGUGUCACCAGCACCGUCACCUACCCGGGGAAUCGGAAAGCAGUGUUUUUCACCUUCCUUGCAAAGUUUUGUGAGUAGCAAUGGAUUGCCUCCAAGCCCUAUUCCCAGCCCAACUACCCGAUUUACCACCCGGCGAAGCCAGAGUCCCAUCAACUGCAUUAGACCAAGUGUUCUUGGACCAUUGAAAAGAAAAUGUGAAAUGGAAACUGAGUAUCAGCCAAAGAGAUUUUUCCAGGGCAUCACCAACAUGCUUUCUUCUGACGUUGCACAGCUGUCAGACCCCGGUGUGUGUGUAUCUUCUGACACCCUCGAUGGAAACAACAGCAGUGCGGGAUCUUCUUGUAACUCACCAGCGAAAGUCAGCACUACCACCGACUCUCCUGUGUCACCUGCCCAAGCGGCCUCUCCCUUUAUUCCAGUAGAUGAACUUUCAUCUAAGUGAUUCACCCAUCCUGAAACUAUUUUUUUGUUCUGUUCUGUUUUUGCAAUGGAGAGACAGAAAAAUCAAAUUGGAGCAAGCACUGAACUUUGUCGAUUAAUUUGAGACUAUUUCCUAUUUGACUCCUGUUCUUUUUUUGGAAUUUCCUGAAAUGUUACUUUAGAGAACUUUUAUGUCAGGUUCCUGCAGAUGCCCUUGAAUUUAGUGUAGUGAUAUUUUCAGACUUCUUCCCAAUAAGUGUGUUGAAGCAUACAUUUUACGCUGCUAAUAUGUCUAAAUACAUAUGUUAUCCCUUGAUUUUUUUUAAAUAAUUGAGAGCUCUAUUUAUUUAUGGGAUUAUUAAGUUCUGAUGAAAAUAUAAAUGUUGAAUUAAUCAGUAUAGUAAACUGAUGUUUUAAAAUUUCAUA